AUGCUGAAGAAUGUUUUUAGUCAACUAGACCCAUCAGUCGUCCAUCACGGAGGGGUUGACAGUGGAAGGGUGGAGUUGUCACUGAAGUUUAUUGCAUCCAAAUCACUGCUGCUGCUUAGGGUUGAGUGCUGUGAGGACUUGAGAAGUCGAGAUAUCCGCUCCAAAGCCUGUAACCCUUAUGUAAAGCUGUGGCUUAUACCAGACACUGACCAUCAGGGCGAGAAGCACACAGAGACUUCCCCUCUCACCUGCAAUCCUGUGUACAAGGAACUGUUUGCUUUCAAGCUGUCACCUGAACUUCUCCAGACCACGCAGAUAUUCCUGGAGGUUUGGGAUCAGGAUGUCAAUGAGAGAGAUGAGUUUCUGGGACAGUCAUUAGUCCAUUUGAGCGACCAUGACCUAGACAAUGGCUGUUAUAGCACCAUAAAGCAAUGUGAUUUACAAGGAAAUUUAUUUUUUUGUGAAAGUGUUGCCUCUACUAAUAGAAAUAAAGUUUAUUUAUUCUUCCAAAGGAAGAUAAAUAAAAAAAUGUUUUAUAAACCAAGUUUUAUUGAGAUUUCCCUGUUUAUAAUGAAUAUAAGAUCUGAUAUUAAAUUUCAGAUGAAAUCUGGAACAACCAACAUUGUCUUGGAUGAGACAUUCCAGUGUAAGGUACCAAGCAAGGACUUUAGCAAAAGAUUUAUCUUAUUUGAGGUCAUUGAGCUGUCUGGCACAGCAGAGAAAUCUUUGGGCCAGGUCGUAGUCCCUCUAGGAGAAUUUGAACCUGAACACCCAUUCUGUGAUAAGUUCCCUCUGGAAGACCUUACAAACUCUGACUUAUUUCAAGAAAAGCUUGCCCAAGAUCCAGCCACCCAAGAACUUCGAGGGGCACUCCAGGCUCAUGCCAUGGUGGCCAAUCCAUCAUUCAUCUUCCAGAAACCCAAAGGGAACAAGAUCAUCACUUUGACAGCCAGAAAAGCAGGUAGCCAGGCCAGGAUUAGAAUUCAAGAUGGAGUUCCUGUCUACUGAUGUCUAAUAAAAUCAUCUGUUAGAGAUACAUGUUCUUAAUAUGGAAGUUUUUUUGAAUUCCACAAAACACAAAGCAAUAACUAUUCUUAGAGUGAUUAAUAAUCAAGAUUGUUGCAUCUUUUGAUGUGUAUAAUUCACCAAAUUAACACAAAUAUUUUGUACAGAUUGUGUUAAGCAUACUUUACAUGAGUUUUUUACAUCUUUUAAAAGAAGUUUAUUUAUAUCAUUUAUUUAUACAAGUAUUGUUUCAACGGCUUUACUGUAUGAUCUGUGAUAAAAGUGGAGAUAAUUCCAUUUUGGAGGCAAAUGGACACAUUUGGUAACAUCUUCAUGGCUGUGACGUGUUCAUCACUGUUUUGCAUACAGUCACUUUAAUGCAAGAAUAAACAUACUGUAGCUUUU